AUGGAUUUUGGGUCAAAAUUGAGAUUGGAUUCAGCUUUUGGGUGCAACAAAUGGCUGCUUCUUCUAUCAAGGUGGGCGAGAAGGUUGAGAUGCAGGACUUGUUGCAAAAGCCGAGGGUUUCAGUGCCCAACACACGUUAAGAGUACUUGGGUCCCUGCUGCAAAAAGGCGAGAGAGACAACAAGUCACAGAUUUGCAACAAACACAGCAGCAGCAGCAAAAUCAACAGCAUGAACACCAACUACAGUUUCGAGGAGAGAAUCCUAAAAGGCAGAGAGACAAUCAUGGUUCUUAUUCUCUUGCCUGCACUCGUUUAUUCCCCACGUCAGGGUUGGAAGUGGGCCAAUUCCCUCCCGAAGUGAGUUCCUCAGCAGUGUUCCGUUGUGUAAAAGUAAGCGGCAUGGAGGAUGAAGAGGGGGAGAUGGCUUAUCAAACGGCUGUGAACAUAGCAGGGCAUGUAUUCAAGGGAAUUCUCUAUGAUAGGGGCCCUGAGAGUCGUUAUACAAGUGGCGGAGAAAGCUCUCGAUCAUUGAACCUCAUCACAGCUGCGUCUACCACCGCAGCAGCUGCUACAACGACAACAAUCACUUCUAAUACCAUCGAUCCGGGCACAAGUCUGCUUGACCCUUCUCUUUAUCCACCUACACUUAAUGCUUUCGUUGCUGGUACGCAAUUCUUCCCACCUCCAAGGUCUUGAUUUCUCGGUUCACACUGAUCACCUCUAUAGGAGUGGAUACCUUCAUUUUACCAACAACAUCAAAAAUGAAACUUCCAUUGUCAUUUGUUGUUAUUAUUUAUUUUGUCAAAUGUUAUUUAACACCACCGAAGAACUAAACAUUUGACUGAGAAUAUAACUUUUGAGGAUGCUUAAGAUACUGGGGGACGUUGGAUAUUGUGUUGGAAUUUCAUUCCAGAUUUUAUGUGCUUGAUUUUGUUCGGAUCGAUGAUUAGUUUUUUGUUUUUCGAUUUGGGUGUAGUUAAUCUAGCAUGUUGAUGUGUCCUUUUCUUCUUCUUCUUUGUAGUAUUUCUUUAUCCCUUUCUUUUUUGUGGGUUUGAUUGAUCUUGAAUUUACUUUC